UCUUCAUUUAUCCACCAUCUUUGGUAGGGAGAGACCAAUGAAAAUGGCGGCGACAGGGUCUGCCAGAUCCACUAGUGGAUUAAGGCAAAAAUACAAAGCCAGGCCCGCCGAUAUGCUGAACACUCGGACACAUUCGCAGCUGCUAACCCUGGACGAGGCAAGGUGUCCGGUUUGUUCGGAGAUUUUAUUGGAGCCCGUAACUAUGCCAUGUAGCCACUCGGUGUGUCUGCACUGUUUCAAGCGGACUGUGGAAUUUACCAGUUUGUGCUGUCCCCUCUGCCGGCUGCGAGUAUCCAGCUGGGCCCGUAAACAGUCCCGGGAGAAAAGCCUAGUGAACAUCGAACUUUGGGAAAUUGUUCGAAAGAGUUAUCCACAACGAUGCAAGAGGAGAAUGGAGCAGAGAGACUGUGAGACUAGUGGAGAAGAGAUUUUCAGCUCGCCUGCUCAGGUAUCCAAAUCUGGAGAGAUCCGACUGGAGUAUGGAAAGCAAGUAAAGUUCUUUGGGUUGCUGUCAGACUCGGAGAAUGAAGAACCCGUUGGGAAGAGAACCAGAAAUGUGUCUGCAUUUGUUAGAAGAACAAAGACCUCGGCAGACUUCACAAGAGAUGGUCUACAGACGAAUGUGGUGCAGCGAAGCCAGAGCUGUACCGAUACAGAGGAGGGAAGGCGAAAAAUUAGGGUGUCUACUCAUCUUCCUGGACUGGACAAGGCAAGUAUUGCUCUCAGCUACAAUGCAGGAAUCCUUCUGUCCUCUGAGAACAGCCGAUCUCUUUCGGCACCCAUAAUUGUCCAAGACAAGAGGCAUAGCUGGCGUGGCGUCAUCAUGGCUUCAUCAACACCUUUUAUGGUCCCCCAGUCGAAACAGGAGAGGUCCGUUAGCCCUGAGAGCAAUGACAGUAUCUCUGAGGAGCUGAAUCACUUCAAGCCAAUAGUGUGCUCGCCGUGCACCCCACCAAAGCGACUACCCGACGGGCGAGUGAUGGAACCCACAAUUGUGAAGUCCACCCCACGGAACUUAUUCCGCAGGCUGGAGAGGCCCACCAGCUAUGAAGCCAGCCCUACUAUCCUCCAGAAAUGGAAGCAGAUAGAGGUGGACCGUCAGUCUGUCAAAGUGACCUCAAAGGGCACCUUGACCAGCCCCAUAAACGUGGACCUUGUUUUCAAACCAAGCCCUGUAGAGAAGGACGGCAAGCCCUGCAGCUGCGCUCUAGCAGCAAAUAAGGGAGAAGAACACUUGGGUAGGUGUGCCAAGACUGAUUCCUCUGGGCAAGAGAAUGAAAUAACUUGUAUACAUAAUACACAAAGACUGAUAUUUUACCAGACCGUUGGAGAGACAGCCCUCCAUCAAAAACAAUUCACAAAGUUUCAUACUCCGUUUGUACCUUUAAACAGUGAGGAGACUGUAACAGAGUGUGGGGUUUCUUCGGAGUCUGUGGUGAUACCUGUAUCACAUUGUGGACCAACUUCAAUUAAUCAAAAUCCAACCUUAGUCCCACACAAUAUAAAUGACAGUGUUAGGGGUUGCAAUCUUAAAUCAAAGGACUCACAGGAUCAGAGAAAAUAUUUGGACAAUAGAAACUGUGCCCAGAACAAACCUACCUCGAGGGGUAAGAAGAGGAGGCAGAAGACCAAACACCUGGAAGAGACAGAGUCUGGACUCAAGAGGCCAAGAUCCCAGAGCCAAUAUGGUUUCAAUAUAGAUUGUGCACAGGCUGACCUGUACAUUCAACAGGUACAGCAAGAGAGUGAGGAUAGAGAGCUAGCGUUGAAUCUUCAAAGACAGUUUGACAGGGAACAGCAACAAGUAGACAAGCAAAAGACCAGUUUUGACAAGUACUUUCUCCGGUCCUGCAGUGAAAACAGAAUCGAAUGCAAUCCACGUAGAUCAGGAAGAAUUUCCAAAAGGAAUGAGCACUUUUAUUGCAAUUAUUAAAUGGUUAUUCUUGUGCUUUUUUUAAAUAAUAAAAAUCUGCCAACUUCUUGCA